GAGGAGGAGAGCCCAGCUCAGCACAGCCCACGCUCUGCCAGGGGCUGCACAGGCACCAGGGCUCCCAGAAGAGACCCAGUUCUGUUUGGGGGUAGCCCCUCCCCAGGGCUUUAUGAAGCAACCAAGAACUCUGAGGUCACAAUGGCUCAGCAGCAGACAAUGGCAACUUCUUUGCCUGAGGGCCCAAGCACUCAGACAACUGGGUUUCCUGUGCCUAGCUCCCUCCCUGAUUAUGGGCCCAGAGUCCAAACGUUCUGGGGAGCCUGAGGCAGGCAGAAGGCUGCUGGCACGGAGUGCACAGGAGCCAAGGGCCAAAGCUGUGGCCCCAAACUGUAUCCCACCCAAGGGAGAAAGAGCCCAAGUCCAGGCAAGAGAAACACGGGGAACACCUGUACCCUUCAUCAUCCCCCCCAGGGGCACCGAGAACGGCCGCGGCCAGCCGGAGGCCUCAGGACACAGACUGUUUACAGAAGCUCAGGGCCACCCUACGUUUGGGAGGCUCCGCUCUGGACAACGUAUAAAACAGCCAUGCAAAGGAACCCAGGCCACGAAUGCCAGCAUUUUUCCGAGCACAGGCCCAGCCGGCUUCUUACUUGCUGAUCCUGGCCUGAGAACUGGGCUAACGAGAAGAACCACCAGCCAGGUCAGCGCGGCCUCCCGGCUUCCUGCCAUCCCGCGCCCUAGGGUUAUUUUUGGCAGGCGCUGCCCUCCCCGCACUGCAGCCUCAGACCCGCACCUUGCAGGCUACCGCCGGGCGAAGCACUGCUCCUGCUCAAGGGCACGGGGAGCGGCGCUGGGAGGCUGCCAACCCUGCCUUAGCGGGGCCUGGCACAUGAGGCCGGCUCAACUUCCAUCAGGGCACCGGAACCAGAGUCCGGCCUCCCGGCCGGGCACUGCAACCAUCGGCGUGGCCCGGUCCCCGGCCCGGGGCGGCUCCGUCAGCACAGCACACGGCCGAGGUUGCGGCCUCGCAAGCCUCCCCUCCUCCUGCCCCGAGUGCCAGGGUCACCGCCGCCGGGGGCGCGAGGACAGCCGCGGGCAGGGACGAGGCUGGGCCGCAUCCGACCUCGGGCGGCGCCGCGGGCGGGGAGUGAGGGGCCAGGAGCGCUUUCUCCCGCCUGGGUCGAAACGCGAGUCCAUCCCGCGGGUACCUCGGGCCGGGGCCGGAGGGCGCUCUCAGGGCCUCGGAGGACGCCCGGGCUCCGCCCCCGACGCCGCAGGUCCCAGAAGCCGGGGUCCGCAGUGACCGCCCUCCGGGGAGAGGCGGCAGGUCAGGGGUGAGAGGUCGGGCCGCGGCCUGAGGUGGGCCAGCGGGGAGAAAGAAAGGAAACAGGCCGGAUCCACACUUGGGUCCGGGACCCGGCGCCCACCCGCCCGCUA